AAACAAAAUUUUGCGACAACAUUGGCCAACCAAACGAGGCAUCAGUCGGGAAUCCAUUUGCGAAUGCGUGUCGGAGGAGGAGGAAGAUGAGCGAGGAGACAGAAGGGAAGAGGAGAGAAACGGGUGAAAUGGACCCAUAUCCCCAACCCAAACCUGGCCCCACUGGCCUUCCGUUACCGACCUCCCCCCUCGCCGUCUCCGGAACCUACCAUCCCGGUGCCACCGCUGCAUAUCCUCCCCCAGCGUCCGGCGUCUACCCGCCCGUCUCCGCCGCAUCUUUUCCUCCUCCUCCCGUUCAAGUUCCUUACCCCACCGGCCCUCCAUACUAUACUCAGAGCUACGAAAUCAACCCUGGCGAUGCUGCAACAAUUGCUCAAACAACGGCUAUAAAAAUUGAAAGACUUCCUUGUUGGGGCCUUGGUUUUGGCUGGUUUUUGUUUAUCAUUGGGUUUUUUCUGGCCGCUAUUCCUUGGUAUGUUGGAGCUUUCAUUAUCCUUUUUAUUGAAGUAGAUUACAGGGAGAAACCAGGAUACAUUGCCUGCUCGAUUGCUUCUGUCAUUGCUGCAGUAGCGGCUUUCUUCGGGUUGAUACAGGAAGCUUCUAGAUGGUGACCAACUAGAGUCUACAACCUUACACAAAGGCAUUGCUUGUAUAGAAGGGAUACGUUUCUUGAUCCUGAAACAUGAAUUUUAUAUGAACUUUCUUCUUUGAUAAUCAUGAUUUAUAUUACAAUUUUAGAUUAAUUAUUUUAUUAAAGCUGGUUUA